AUGCCCGGACACAAACGCCAACGCGGUCUGGAAGACAAACCCAUCGACAUUUCGAAAUUGAUGAGGUUUACUUCUUCACUCGAGGCUCUCAAGGGAGAACUCCUGGGGAUUGACGAGACGGAGGCGGAAAUGACUGAGCUGAUGAAACAUGUCAACGAACUGCAGGGCAUCCUGAAACCGUCGAAGAGCACGUUCCAAGUCGGGCCUCGUAUGGUUCUCGACGCUCUUCUAUUAUCGAUGGGGGAAAUCACUUCAAUAAUAGAUCCUGCGAAGGAUGUCGCCAUCAUUCCCGAAAUGAAGACGGGGGGUGCAGCUUUCUCCAAAGGCGGUUACCAAGUAGUUCUCGGUGGAAGUAUCGAUUAUGGUGUUGUUGAGUAUAUGAUAGACGAAGACGAUGAGGCUAAAGGUGGCCUUGUGGGGCCUGUUCUCCCGGAGCAUAUUUUUGAGGUCGCAUACGGAUUUUUCUUCCUUGUUGAAGCAAAACGACAUCACGCGGUAGGCGAACUGACGGCAUCCAUUCCUGAAGCCGUCACGCAGGCCAUGCUAAUCUCCAAGAACGCGAACAUUGACACCGUCCGUUUUUGUCUCUCGGACGGGAGUAUCUUCAUUUUCUUCGUGUUGCAACGCUGUGAGGAUGGAUAUACGUACUCCCAAUCAACACCGCGCUAUCUCGGUCUUCCGGAGGAGAGCCAUUUCGAUAUCCAAAUGGGCGAGAUCACCUUCUUGCUACUUGAAUGGGCACGUCCUUCCCAUACGCUCGAUGUUAUUCGUGGUCUCAUCGCACUCUAG